AUGUCGUCCGCCACGCCCGCACAGGUGCUGAAGGACGUACAAUUCGAAGAGAAACUAGCAGAUGUGGAGGCACGUCUCCCGGCUACGUUAGCUCUAGCCAAAGAAGGCUCUUUGGUCAAACGCAACCAGAUAAAACGCAAACUCUACCACGACAGCGAGCUCAUUCGUAUCCAGCUGGAGGAGCACAUGAAUGAGUUAGGCAUUGAAAGUCAGUGGCUUACAGCUCCAGAAAUGAAGGACGCAAAUGCAAAGUUGGAUGCUGUACGCAAGCAGCUGAAGCUGGAUGUUUCUCCAGUUAGUUCCUCGCCUUUGGAGAAAAUCUACAUGGUCGUGCGUAUGCUUACUAUGGUGCUGGUGCUUGUGGGCUGGCUCAGCUGUGUCACGGUGCUUAUACCACUAAAAUGGUUCACGCCAUUGCUCAUAAAAAUGGGCGUGAAAAAGAAUUACUUGCCCAUGGAUAUUGUUUCUUGGGGUACUGCUGCUAUGGUUUGUGUCACAGCUUGCACUCAAGUUAAAGCUGAAGGGGUGGAGAACUUAAUAAACCUAAAAGAUUCAGUCGUCUGCAUGUUUAGCCACUCGUCCAAUCUUGAUGGUUUUAUCGUAAACGGAUCGUCGCCGGUUGCCUUUAAGUUCGCUGCUAAAAAAAGUAUUUUUCUUGUGCCAUUUCUCGGCUGGUCUUCUCGUUGGGGCUUCGACUUUGUGGCCAUUGAUCGUUCUAAUCGUAAAUCGGCGCUCAAGAGCUUAAAGGAAUUGGCAGUGUCAGUUAAUGAGCGUGGCAACUCAGUUUGCAUCUCACCCGAAGGCACGCGCUCAAAGGACGGUCUGCUGCAAGAAUUUAAGAAAGGGCCAUUCUACUUACGCGAGGAUACGAAAAAAAAUGUUAUUCCCUCCAUCGUUUUUGGAGCGUACGAGCUGUGGCCUCCUGGACGAUUAUUCAGUACCCCUGGACACACAUUGGUACGUUAUCUGCCUGAAUUUAAGCCUGAUACGAAGCUCAAUCGCAAUCAGAACCGGUUGGCAUUGCGCCGCAUCUACUUAAAAGCGUUUACGGAGGAUGUCCCGGACUACAUUGGCACACGUAGUGACAACGUGGACUUUCACAAUGAUCAGCUACGUUUGUUUCUUAGUUAA